AAUGGGGUGGCCAGAUGGGUCAUGCAGUCGUUUGGGUGAUGGUACAUUUAUAUACAUUAUUUUUUACCAUGCUAAGGGUGCUAAAUGCUGAAUGGGGGAGGGGGCAUUUAGCGAAACCUUUUUUGUCAGUCCUUACAGGGGGUCAAGUGGAGUGACUAAGCUUCAUAGAUCUCCUGAAAGAAAGCCUCUUGAUUGCACUAGAAGGCUCGAGCGCCGAGUUCACACACUGCAGCUGCAGAUCACAGCGCCAGCUCUCCUCUCGCGCCUGGAAAGAAACUAGACACUAGUACCGCACACUCCUCCCUCCCCUCCCUCGCAAAACUUGGAGCGUUCACCCUUUCUCCCACUUUUACCAUGUUCUGUAGUUUUCAGUCUCAUUCUUCCCUGCAAGUUUUUCCUCGACAGUUGACCCUCGGUGCGAGCAUGACAGCGGCGGCUGUUGGAGCGAAGCGGUCGCCUCUAGCGCAAUCGGAACUUCAAUGCCUGUGAAUCUUUGUCAAUCUCUUGAUUUUGGUUAGGUGAAAUAUGCGAUGUCCGCGGGUCUGCCGGGUUCUUUUUCUUCUUCAUUCGUUUUUAGUGCUGGCCACCAGCCAUGUCGAGAUCCCACUGCCAAGCAGUCUGCUCUCGAAUCCAGGUCGCCUGUUCAAGCCAGGGUCGGAUCUUUCCGUGGUCUAUCCCGUGAGAGUUGACGGGGAUAACCAGUUUGUCUCACACUCUUUGUCUUACAACUUCGGUCGAGGGCGGUACAAGCGUGACCUGCGACAGUUGGAGGGACACAUUUAUUACCAAAUUAACUUUAAGGGUCGCGAGUUAUUUAUGAAUCUAACUGUGAACAAUCAUCUGUUGUCUAAUGAUUACAUUCUGGAGAGACGUAACGGGAGCCUUAAUCGGACAGAGCAUCAUUCGACCAGUGGAAAUUCCUGCCACCUCAUUGGCACCGUUACGGAUUCUGUCGCGCGUGGGAUUGCAGCCAUCAGCACCUGUGUAGGAUUGCAGGGCGUGUUCUCUCUGCCCGAGGGUUCCUUCUUUAUAGAGCCUUCCGGGGGGGGCUCUGCCGAGAAGGAGGGGGGUCCGCAGCCACACUUGGUGUACCCUCACGUUACCGCGGCGACGCAGACGCGGCGACGCAGAAGCCCCGACGACCAGCACACGCCCAGUCCCUGUGGAGUCAAAGAUGCUCCAGGUGACUCUGUCCAGGUGGAGAGGGAGAGGGAGGCAUGGGAGAGGGAGGAGCAGGAGGAGGGGAGAGGGGGGCUCCCCGACCCCCGCAGGGUGAAGCCCCGCUCCGUCAGCAGAGAGCGGUGGGUGGAGACCAUGGUGGUGGUCGACUCCAAGCUCAUCAACUACCACGGCAGCGAGAACGUGGAGGCCUACAUCUUCACCAUCAUGAACAUGGUGGCAGGUAUUUUCCAUGACGCCAGUAUUGGUAAUGCCGUCCACAUCGUGCUAGUCCGUCUCAUCCUGCUGCAAGCGGAAGAGAAAGGGCUGAAGAUCGUCCACCAUGCAGACACCACCCUGUCCAGCUUCUGCGCCUGGCAGAAGGGGCUCAACCCUCAGAGUGACACACACCCUGCUCACCACGACGUUGCUGUGCUGGUGACCAGGAAGGACAUCUGUGCAGGAAUGGACAAGCCCUGUGAGACCCUGGGCCUGUCCCACCUGUCAGGGAUGUGCCAGCCUCAUCGCAGCUGCAACAUCAACGAGGACUCAGGGCUGCCCGUCGCCUUCACCAUCGCCCAUGAGAUGGGUCACAGCUUCGGUAUCUACCAUGACGGCCAGGGGAACGACUGCGAGCUGGCCGGCCGACACCCCUUCAUCAUGUCCAGGCAGCUGAUGUAUGACACCUCCCCCCUCACCUGGUCACCCUGCUCCAAGGAGUACAUUACACGCUUCCUGGAUCGAGGGUGGGGCUUCUGUCUGGAUGACCGUCCUUCUAAGAGAGAUCUGACCACCCCUCUGGCCCGUCUGGGUGUUCGUUACACCACACACUACCAGUGCCAGCUCCAGUACGGACCCAACGCCACUUUCUGCCCCGAGAUCGAUAAUGUGUGUCAGGUCCUGUGGUGCUCCGUGAACGGCUCCUGUCGCUCCAAACUCGACUCCCCCAUAGAUGGGACCCGCUGUGGGCCUGAGAAGUGGUGCAUCUCGGGGGAGUGUGUGAUCGUGGGCAAACUGCCCGAGACGGUGAACGGUGGCUGGGGUGUGUGGAGCACCUGGUCCCACUGCUCCCGGACCUGUGGAGCCGGAGUCCAGUCUGCUGACAGGGAGUGCAACAGCCCCAAACCAGAGUUUGGAGGGAAGUAUUGCACUGGGGAGAGGAAGCGAUACCGCGUCUGUAACACCCGGCCCUGCCAGAAUUCCAAACCCACCUUCAGAGAGAUGCUGUGCAGCGAGUUCAACACCGUGCCUUACCAGAAUGAGCUAUACGAGUGGAUCCCUGUGUCCAGCUCAGUGAGUCCGUGUGAGUUGCACUGUCGCCCGGUGAACGAGGGGUUCUCUGAGAAAAUGCUGGACGCUGUGACGGACGGAACGCCCUGCUUCAUGAACAACAACUCCAGGAACAUCUGUGUAAACGGGGUGUGCAAGGAGGUGGGCUGUGACUUUGGGAUCGACUCUAACGCGGUGGAGGACAGCUGUGGGGUCUGCCUGGGAGACGGCUCCUCGUGUGAGACGGUCCAGCACACCUUCCAGGGAGGGGACGGCUUCGGUGAGACACGCCUCCACACAGGGACAGAGGGACAGAGGGACGGACGGAUGGAUGGAUAAAGGGAUUCAUGGAUA